GGAGGAGAGAAUGCAAAACAGUGCCUCGUCCCUGGAACCUCCUGAGCAGCAACGCCCCUCGCUAUAAAUUCAGAACUGCCUCAUCGAGGAUGAUUCCAGCGCCUGUCAGCCAGGGCCCCAGGCAGUGGUGACAGGCAAGGGCUAGCAGCUCUGCCGUGCUAGGGCGGUGAUUGAUGGGGAGCAGUCCAAGCGAACCCCACGAGUGAGGUCGCACCCCCGGGACGCGGAAGCGGCGGGCGGAAGCCCCGCAACAGCGCUGCCAGCUCGCGGUCCGGCGUGGGCUCAGUGCCCUAGGCGCGGGUUGAAUAUAUGAUAAAUUGGUCUAAAAUGGCUGAGCUUUCAUCUGACUAGACGUAGAAGCCAUCCCAGAAGUUCUGAUCCAGGUGCAUCUGGCCUAGUGUCUAAGACUAAUUAAUAACCCAAGAGAUCAAAAUGAUUCUCAACUCUUCCACUGAAGAUGGUAUUAAAAGAAUACAAGAUGACUGUCCCAAAGCUGGAAGGCACAAUUACAUAUUUGUCAUGAUCCCUACUUUAUACAGUAUCAUCUUUGUGGUUGGAAUAUUUGGAAACAGCUUGGUAGUGAUUGUCAUUUACUUUUACAUGAAACUGAAGACUGUGGCCAGUGUUUUUCUUCUGAAUUUAGCAUUGGCUGAUUUAUGCUUUUUACUGACCUUGCCAUUGUGGGCUGUCUACACUGCUAUGGAAUACCGCUGGCCCUUUGGCAAUUACCUAUGUAAGAUUGCUUCAGCCAGUGUCAGUUUCAACCUCUAUGCCAGUGUGUUUCUACUUACAUGUCUAAGCAUUGAUCGUUACCUAGCUAUUGUUCACCCAAUGAAGUCCCGCCUUCGGCGCACAAUGCUUAUGGCCAAAGUCACCUGCAUCAUUAUCUGGCUGCUGGCUGGCUUGGCCAGUUUGCCAACUAUAAUCCACCGAAACGUAUUUUUCAUCGAGAAUACCAAUAUCACAGUUUGUGCUUUCCAUUAUGAAUCCCAAAAUUCAACCCUCCCCAUUGGACUGGGCCUAACCAAGAAUAUACUGGGUUUCUUGUUUCCUUUUCUGAUCAUUCUUACAAGUUACACUCUUAUUUGGAAGACGCUAAAGAGGGCUUAUGAGAUUCAGAAGAACAAGCCAAGAAAUGAUGAUAUUUUCAAAAUAAUUAUGGCAAUUGUGCUUUUCUUUUUCUUUUCCUGGGUUCCCCACCAAAUAUUCACUUUUCUGGAUGUAUUGAUCCAGCUGGGCAUCAUACAUGACUGUAAAAUUGCAGAUAUUGUUGACACCGCCAUGCCUAUCACAAUUUGCAUAGCUUAUUUUAACAACUGCCUGAACCCUCUGUUUUACGGCUUUCUGGGGAAGAAAUUUAAAAAAUAUUUUCUCCAGCUUCUGAAAUAUAUCCCCCCAAAGGCCAAAUCCCACUCAAGCCUAUCAACAAAAAUGAGCACACUCUCCUACCGCCCCUCAGAUCAUGGAAAUGCAUCCACCAAGAAGUCUGCCUCAUGUGUUGAAGUUGAGUGACACACUUGAAACCUGUCAGUGAAGUAAUCUUGUGAAAGAAGGAGCAAGAAAAACAUUCCUCUACAGCACUUCACUACCAAAUGAACAUUAGCUACUUCUCAGAAUUUAAGAAGAAAAAGGUUUUAUGGUCUCAACGAACCAUUCCAAAGCUCUGAACAAAAGCUUUUCUUUCCCUGUGCAGCAAAACAAAGCAAAGCCAGAUUUUGCAUUAGAUAGAUGAGGGCCACUCAAAGAAUGAUGUCCGAAACUGGAUGAAUGUGUUGAUUGGAAAAAUUUUACUGGCAGAAAUGCCAUCUCCCCAGUCUCCUUUUUCUGCUAUUUUUCAUUUCCACAUAAAGGUAUUUGGAAUAUGUUAAACCCUGAGAGGGGAAACGGGAUCAGAGCUCAAGACGGCUCUGCCCAAUUUCCAAAGGGCAGUAAAGCUUUUGUUCCUAUUUACCUAUUAGCAACUCUGACCCACUUGUACCUGCUACUGCACAUUUUGUACAUAGACCUGCUAAGCAGUAAUCGUCAAGUUUCAGAAACUUUUGUGAAAUUCAACUAAUGUCAUUGAUUCACACUGCCAAAAUAUGCCAGCUAAUAGGUUUAUUUGUAUAUAGAUACUAAAAAGUGAGAUAUAACCCAAGUAGUAGUGUCUUCCUAGUCAUAUCAGUUUUGUUUCAUAUCUGAGAAGUAUAUAAAUUUGUGGUAAAAAGAUUAUAUAUCAUAAAGUAUGCCUUACAUUUAGAAAAAAUAUAUGUUAUAUCUGUAUAACCAUAUCUCUAAACUGUUGUUACUUGAUUAAAAUCUGGCAAACAUAUUUACAUUAAAAUAAUUUUAUUGUAAUGUAUUUAAUCUUCAUUACUUAUAAUGGAUACUGAUUUAUUUUUAAAAUAUAACUACGAACACAUUUCCAUUUAAACUUUAAUACAACUUUAAUAUAAUAGUUUAAUGCUAUUGCUUAUAGAUUCUAUAUUCUGCCAUUGUAAAGGAAAAUAUUACAUUUUAUUCCAUCUUAGUCCAGCAUAUAAUACACCCUUUUGAGUUUUUCAAAGUUUUUCAUGCAACAAAGGAAAAAAAAACUCAUUUCUUUUAACACUAAAAUAAAACAUUAUUUUAUACAUAAUUUUUUUAAUAAUAGGACUUUCCUAAUUACACAUGUGAUCAUUGUAGGACACAAAGAUGUAGGAAAGCAUAAAAAUAAGUUUUAUUUAGUUCUCCUGCUUAAAAAUUGCCAUUUUAAACAUUUGGGUACAUUUUCUUCUACUUUUUUUGUAUUCAUUAUACAUACAUACAUACAUAUACAAAUCAUGAUAUUUGAGUCAGAAUAUGUAUAGUACUUUGUAUACAGAUUUUUCACUUAAUGUAAUAGCUUGUUAGCUUGCUACACCAUUAAAUAUUUUUCUAAAACAUUUUAGUAAUUGAAUAACAUUACAAAAUACAAAUACAUUCUGAUAGAGUUAGCUAAUCCUGAAACUGGGACAGUUAGCUUUUUUUGAUUUUUCAGUAUAAUAAAUUGCACUGUGAUAAAUGUUCAAGUACUGAAUCUGAUAAAUUUCUCAAUGCAGUUCUAGAAAUGGUACAACUGAGCAUACAGAUAAAAAUAUUUUUAAUACUCUUAAUAUGUAUUACCAAAUAUUUUCCAGAAAACUUAGAACAAUUUCUAAUACUACCAACUAUGUAUGAACAUAUCUCACCACAGUCCCAGCAGCAUGGAAUAUUUACUAGAUUUAAACAAAAAGGAAAUUUUACUGUAAUCCAGGUACAGCAUGCAAGAACUGGGAUGCACAUGCCCUAAAGAAAGUACUGUAGUAUUUCUGCGCCCCUUAGGCAGUUGCCUCAUUUUUCUCCCUAGAGGAUUCACUGGCUUGGAAGUCCACAUGGAGCAGGCUGAUGUGAUCAUCUGACUCAAUCAACAGUGGUAAAAGAUGGAGGUGAUGUAUGAAAUAGUCAAUGGAAGCUAUGGAGCGGGCAUUCAGAGAGCUGUUGGUGGGCUGGACAGAAUCUCCACAAAGCAGCCUAUUACACUCACAUUCCCAAGGAUACAGAAUUUAUUUGAUAAUAAAUGUGGUUACAUAUGUCUUAUAUUA